AUGAAUCAAAUUGUGGUUAUUUUAGGCCUUUGUCUACUAUUAGGCAUUUCACUUUUCAGUUUUCCCAAAGACUUUGGUAAUGUACCUCAGCAAGAAAUUUCGCGCCUUACAGGAUACAAAGCAUGGCAUCCCAAAGUAAUCGGUUACAGUUCACAAAUGUCCGAUGCGAUGAUUUUUCUCACUUUACUUACAACGGGUGCUGCCUCAUAUCUGUCCAUAAAAUGGACUGAAAAACUUCCUCUUAACAAAAAGUAUAUUUCGUACUUUAUCAAAGAUGGUGACAAAGUACCCACAAUAGCAUUUGACCGAAUUAUUGCAUAUUACGUUACAAUAACUUUUAUUGCAGUGGUUGCUUAUGUGAUAUUUGAUGUCGGUAAAUUAUGGUCUGCAACUGGUGUUUUGCAUAAUGUAUUUGAAAUUGCGGUUAUGUUGUCAUUACAUUACGGUGGUAAACUCGAGUCGCAUGUAGCAUUUAUUUGGAUGGGUGUUUACGUUUUUUUAGUUAUUUCCCUGAAUUUAUGGCUCGAAUGGCCACAGGAUGCAAGUUGGUUCAAAUUUCAAGGUCUUUGUCUCGACUACUCAUUGAUCGUAGUAUUCGUACGGUUGUAUUUUACAACCCUUAAAAAGAUCCGCGAAUACGAGUCUAUGGAAAUUCCUCUAAACAGAGACGAUAUAGCCCAAACAACGGAUUUCUCUUUCAACUUUUAUCCAAAUACUGUCCAUCAUCCUUCUCAGAUUUGGUUAUUAAUUUUAGCGUCGAUUGUUCACCUUAUUGGUAACAUCGGUAAUUCUAUUUGGGUGGAUAGUGGUUUAGCGUAA